AGUUCAGGCGCUGGUGGCAAGCGGAGGGUUCAGACAUCCUGUCUGACGGUCCACUCCAAAACAGAGCGCUGGGGCUGGAACCGACCACGAGUGGGUGUGAGAGGUCCGCAGUCAUGUCAGUGCUGUUGGAUUCGCCCUUGUAAAGAUUGUCCGGAUCAGACUCUGUAGCAUCCCUCUGGCAUCCAUUGAAGCAGCGCAUGUCGCUGUGACUGCUGGAGAUCUUGUCACAGACAUAGAAAAAUGUGUUCCUGAAGAGUGGCGCAGAAAGACUAAUCUUGAUCAAUCUGUCGCUACACAUUUAAUUUUGUUUGGAAUUUAUUGUGGGUUUCUGGAACACACAAAAUAUUACAUCCUAUUCACAAUGUUCGCUCUGCACUGCCGUUUCCACCCUGUUCUUCGAUCUAAAAUGCGAUUAUAAUACAGACUUUUUUCACCAAGAAGAUCAAUAUGAUCCUCCAAUAAACUUUUGCAUAUGUUCAGUACAAACACAUUUCACAUGUGUAGCAUAUACGUUAGCUUUGCAGCAUUGUACCUCACACCCACUCACCACGGCAACAGUAAGUUAUUGAAGUGCAUUCUUGGAAAUGUUUUAUUCAUGGUGCAAGAGUAACAGUAAGCAAAAUGUUUAGUGUGGACAAAAACAGCUUUAAAGAUGGUGACAGCUGUCGACAAGUCUUUGUGAUUUUUAUUACCUGUAUAUUGAUGCUAUUACAGUUCAUGCUAGAAAUUUUUGAAUUUGCAUUUGAAGCGCAGUAGUUCAUUUUAUUUUCUGAAAGUGAGAAGCAGAUAUUACUUGAGAAUAUUAAAUGCUGCUGGAAUUGAAUUAUUUAGUUCUACUGAUUAUUCAUGUGCCAUUCUAUUUUGUCCUUCAUUUGAGCUCUGUAUUGUGAAAAGGAGGUGAGCACAACAACCGAGGCUUUGAGAAGCACAAUUUUAAAAAGCUGUCCUUCCGACUAGCGUUGCAGCGUCUUAUUUUGUCAGUCGGUGGCAGUAUUGCGACUCUGAACAGGUUUACCAACAAAUAUGCUGCAAGAGAAGAAGCGUAUGUUGAUGUCACCAAUUUAAAUGAAUUUGAGCACUUUCUCCAAAAAUAAAUGGAGGCGUUUGAGCGAUACGAAGAAAUUUUAGCAAAUAGGGCACAGCUGCUCGAGCAGAUGGAGAGCCGCAGAGAGACGUUGAAGAUGCAAAGUAAGCAGCAGUUCAGCAAGUCUGAAGUCGCUCGUCAAAGGAACAGCAGCCUCCUACAGGAUGUACAGAAGUUAGAGAAUCACCUCUGUGGAAGACCGCUACACCACCCGAAAGUCCUUGCCCUUGAGGCACGCUAUUGGGCAUUUGUGGAAAGGUCCAUUCCAAUUUGGGAGCGCUUCCUUCUGGGCAAAGAACCACAUCCUACUGAUUGUCCUGGACCAUUGACCAAGAGAGUUUAUCAGGCACAUCAAAGAGCAAAGGACCAUGGCCUGCCUCCUCGUCCAAAAUCUAGACCUGUCUAAUUGUUAAAUUUUGGGUCUACUGCUUUACGAAGACUGAGAGAAACACAAACUGUCUGGGGUGGGCCCCCUUGAGAGGGGAGUCGGUAGUGUGUGACCAUAGGGAAUUGUUUUUUUUUUUCUUUUUUUGCCAUUCUUGAAUAAAGUGUAAUUGGACUUCCACUACAGUAGGAGGCAGUGACUUUUAUUGUCAGAGUGUGCGUAUCAUGUAUUGACUCAGGUGUAGGGUUUUUGUUGCACAUAGCACAGAGCAGGCGAUAUGAAGAGCAGUGUAAAAUACCCUUAAGAGACAUCAUGGAAAAAUAAACAAAGGUGAGAAGCAAGACCAAAAACAAUGUUAAUAAAGUUAUUCUUAAGUUGUGA